CUAGCCCAAGCAGGAGUCGCCUAAUUCCCAAUCAUCACCAAACCCUCACUUUCCACUCUCGCCCGGCCGCCAGGUAUGCCAAAAUUUAGACAGCUACCACACCCGUCCUCCCGCUUUCACCGCCAAGCCAUUGACAACUACAUCGUUUUGUGGGGCUCAACCAUGCUGGGUACAUGCAUUUGAGCAUUUCCUCAGGGGGCCUCCCAGGAGACAACUACCACUUUCCACAAUUUUUGAUAUGUUGUCUUGUGUGUGACUCGACGCUAGGACCAGUCAAAGGUACCCUCAACGCCACCACCCUCACAGCCGCCGUAAGAUGUCUGGUCCACGAAGCCGAGUCAAGGAUGGCCAAGGCCGCUUCGGCAUGCCGUCUUAUCGAGAUGAGGCCUAAUCAAGCCAGAGAGAAGCUCUCCAGAGUCCGACAUGUCCCGUUUGGUUGUGGAGGCUCUGUUGGAAACAGAGGUAUAAAGAUGGACAAAUAUGCCAUACCGGACGAGAUAGAAUGUGCAAGACACCUCCAGCCCAGUAUCGGUUUCUAGGCCAGCCCAUCUCACCAUGGCAGACUACAACAACCCGUACGAGGACGGUCAGGAGGGUGGGACCAGGGUACUCGGACCAGCAGUACUUGAACCAGCAGUACUCGGGUACUAACAUUCCCCGUACGACUUACAUCGACCAGAACGCCCUCACAUCUCUUGCCACCAACGCAGGACCUUCGUACCCAUAUCUCUCUACAGGUUCAGCUAGCCACGACGACCCAGGGUCCUACAUACCGCCUCACCCUGGUCUCGCCACUCAACCCUGGGAUAUGGGACCAUAUCAAGCCUGGACAACAUCGUCCUUACCUCCCACUACUACUUAUACCAUGACAUCCGGCGCUUUCUCUGACCCCACUGCCACCGGCUUCCCGGACAUUGCUCCCCUCUCGGACAGCUUGCCUCCCAUCCCUGAGCAACAGCUCGUGGAGUACCAGAGCGGCUACGACUACUCCUACGGCCAAGCUCCUCCUCGAGAACCCAGCUCAUCCCCCUCCCAACUCAGAUGUGACAUCUGCAACGAGAACUUUGCAAAUCAAAAGAACUGGGACCGUCACCUCACCUCUGAGAAGCACCUCAGCAACGUCGGUGAGGACGACCCCGACGUCCCAAAGUACAGAUGCGCAUGCACCUACUCGGUAGCUCGGAAGGACAACUACCGCCGGCACCUCAAGCACUGCGCCUUUCGUAUCGACUUUGCUUAUGUCUGCACCUGUGGGAGCACACUCAGGACAAGGAGUAUCAUGAGCACAUAUCGACAAUUGCGGACGCAAGAGACAUAAGAAAGGGCACAAAUGGUAGAAUUUGGUUACCUAUCUAUUCUAUGGAAUAAGAGGUGGCAGCUCUGGAGCGGUCGAUUUCAUUUCUGUUUUCGUUUCACGGCUUUGUCUCAAGAUUUUGGUCCCCACGGACUCGAGAACGUCAGUCGCUUCAGCAAUAAUUUCCCUUUUCUUUUCGAUUACGGUACCUAUCAGCACACGGCUUUUAUGAUGACUUACGCCAUUUUUUUUUUUCCCUUUCGAUACGUAUUCAUUUUUUUUUUUCAUUUGUUACACGAGACGAGAGUGCCCGGGCAUUUAUGAGUUGGAAAGGGGGAGGGAGAGGGGGAAGAGCUGUUCGGCGAGCAAGGGACUAAUGAGGAGGAGGCAAAUGGUACCAUUUGAAUGCCUAUUAACAUGUUUUCCUUUUUUCUUUUCUUUCUCCAAUAAUUACAAUCGCUUUCCCACCC